GUGAGUUGUGACUUGAGUUAGCGGGUGGCCACCAGCACCAGCGUUGCCUGAAAUUCGAAUAAAGAAAAAUAGUUGGAGCUCAUAUUUCCCAAACGAACAGUAAAGUGAAGCAACGGAGAGAGAAAAAUGAAGGUAGCAUCAAAAUUGAUAUUCCUCAUCAACGAUCCUGAGGGUUUCAGUGCGGCAAUCUUCGACGCUCUUCAGCCAACUCCUGAUUCACUUCUUCAAAGAUCAGAAGAAAAAAUUGAGCUAUCUUUGGAACAAUAUGGGAUUAAGGAUCAAAAAGCAUGUGGUAGCAUCGCUAACUUCACUGAUAACAAGGGUUUAUUGCAGGUUUCAUUGUUGCUUUUGGAAUAUUAUGAACCCCCAAUUUUGUCAUGCAUAGUUAACGAGGUCUUGAGGUCAAUUAGAGGUGAAAGCUUGUCGUCCACUGUGAGUCUGAUACUCCCAUACAUUCUUCCAGCAACAAAGCUCAAGUGUGAAGAUAAAGAUUCUUCCGUUAACAACAAUAGGUCUUCUCUGUAUGGUUUGCACUUGGGGCCAGUAACAGAGUUCACUGAAGACAUGCUUCGAGAAGCUGAGAAGCCACCUUUGUCUUUGCAGAUCAACUAUGAGCCAUUGACUUGCUUGCUUCAGCUAGUUCAAUUCUUUAAUUGUCCAACUGCUGUCCUUAUUGGCAAAAGAGGCAUGAAAGGAGAGCAUGAGGUACUUCAUGAAGUAGGAGAAAUUUUGGCAAGUGCAUUUUCGUUGUGCUUCAUCAAGAACCGAAUCAAAUUGAGUAUUGGGGAAACAGUAAAACCAAAGGAACCAUGGCGUGCACUAUAUGGCUAAGAUUACGCUUAUGCUUUGCAGAGAGCUAGCAGAUCAUUUGCAGUUCAGAUUAUGCUUAUUGCCUUGAUUUGUCAGGACACAAUUCUGUCAGGCUUUACGUUGCCUGCUUUAUGUUUAUCGCCAUUUUAUGCUGAAGAAAAUGCAUCCUGUUUCCCUCAAAAAAAGGUGCAUCCUGUUUAUGUGUAGUGAGCUUACAGGGCAGCAUAUCAUGUUAGAAUUUGUACGGGUAGUGUAUCGGUUUUAGGAAAAUAAUUUGUACCAUUGUUACUUUUUAGUUUAGGAAGCCUUUCCCAAUUUUUAGAACUCCUUUUAAGUUUUUUUUUUUUGGUCAAAUUUUGUCAGUGAGCAUUCAUUGCUA